GAGCGCGUGCUCUCAUGGCGCCUGCGGGAGGCGCAGCGGGAGCUGCACAGCACCCAGGAGGAGCUGCAGCGCACCAGGGCCCACGUGGCGCAGCUGCAGCGGUUCCAGGACCCCCGGUGGCAGCAGCAGGCGGACCAGGCGGCGCACCGGGCGCAGCGCCUGGAGAAUCUGCAGGAGGACCUCAAGGCGGAUUUGCAGAAGAUGGCCGUCCUGGGCCUUACGCAGCGGGAGGCGGAGCUCAAGCACUGCGCCGCGGAGCUCUGGUCCAAGUGGGCCUUGACUGGUCCCAUGCCGCGACGCUCCACCAAAGACACGCGCAGGGAGAAGGAGCCCGGCCGGAUCCGAGCGCGGAAGAGGUGGCAGCACGUGGCCCAGUUCGUGCGCUAUGCCUUCGGCCCUGGAGCCGCACACUCGGUGCCGGCUCAGCGGUACCUGGCCUUCCGGGUCAAGGAGCUCUGUGAGGUGUUCCUAGAGCAAGUGAACGGCAGCGUCUACGAGGCGGUGAUGCUUUGCGCGCGGAAGGCGGAGAUCGAGAGGAGCGUGAAGGACAAGCUCCAGAAGAAGCGCAAGGGGGAGAAGUGCUUGGCCUUCGAGGACCUGGAGACGGAGAUGCUCUGCACCUACGGGGACGCCUUCGAAGAUGCGGGCGGCGUGGAGGAGGUGAACGCGCAGCUGCCGGAAGUGGGCGAGCUACUGCGGGCCUACCGCGGCGGCCGAGUGCGACAGGACGCGGGCUACGAGAUCCUGGGCUUGAAGCCCUUGUAUGAGCUCAACAACCGCUGGCUGGACAAGUUUGAAGCGGAGGUUGGGAAAGAAAUCUUGGAAGCAGCACCUGCUUCGCGGCAUGCUUCUUGGAAGAGUCUCUCUUGCAAAGCUUCUUGGGUAUGGUUGCCUGGCUUGACCACUUAA